AUGGGCGCUAAAAAAUCUAAAGAAGUAUCAACUGAACUUACAGCUAAACAAAUUGCUUUAAUUAAAGCAAAUACAAAAUAUACUGACCAAGAAAUUCGAGAGUGGCACACGGGUUUCAUUCGUGAUUGUCCUAAUGGUAAACUCGAUAAGAAGAAAUUUGCUGAAGUUUAUAAACAAUUCUAUCCCGAUGGCAAAGUUGAUAAAUAUUGCAAACAUGCUUUUGAUACAUUUGAUACCAAUCAUGAUGGUUCAAUAACUUUCGAAGAAUUUCUUUUAGCUAUUGCUGCUACAAGUCAAGGAAAUGUUGAUGAACGUCUCUCAGUUGCUUUUGAUUUAUAUGAUAUUUCAAAUGAUGGACAAAUUGAUCAAAAAGAACUUGCUACUAUGAUCUCAGCUAUGUAUGAUCUUGUUGGCGAACAGGAUCGUAAAGGUGAUAAAGAUCCAAAAAAACGUGCUGCAGAUAUCAUUACAAAAUUGGAUCUUACUGGUGAUAAAAAAUUAACAAAAGCUGAAUUUAUUUCUGGAUGUAAAACUGAUCCAGUCAUUCAUCAAAUGCUUGCUCCAAAUGCUUAA